AUGUUUGCGUUGGUGUGGUAUGACACUGAAAAAUGCGCAUGGAACGAUUUGGAGGGUUUGGUAGGACUACCCAAGCUCUCUCAUAAUAGUAUUAGAUUGGCUGAUUAUGGUUGUAAGCUGGUGGUUUUAUGGAGUGAGUAUUUGCCCUCUAGUGGUGAGAAAAUUGUUAGAAGCGAAGGCUUCUUUCUCUAA